CCAGCUUCGCAUAGCUCACACUCAUCAACACCCAACACACCCGUCGCAUACGUGCCCCCGAGUUCGACAUGGAGGACUCGAAUCGCCUCUUCCGCUUCCCAAAGCCCGCGUGGAUGAACAGCGCAAACACGCGAACAGCCGGCGUCUACAUGGCAGGAGCCCUGUUCGCCAUGGGUUUCUACACCCUCAUCGAUAUAUCCACGUGGUCCAAGUCCGCCAUGAACGGCUCCGACCCCCCCGUCCACAUCACCUUCAUCGACUGGAUCCCCGGUAUCUGCAGCGCCCUCGGCAUGCUCGUCAUCAACAGCAUCGACAAGUCGCGCUUGUCCGCCGACAGCUUCUCGUACUCUGGUAACGGGGUGGCGUGGAAGGCCAGGCUCGUCUUGUUCCUGGGCUUUGCCUUGUUGGCUGGCGGACUGGCGGGGAGUGUUGUGGUCAUGGUUAUGAAGUUUGUUGUUGUGGGGCAUACCUGGCCGACGCUUUGGUUGGGGGCUGGAAAUGUAGCUGCUAAUGGCUUGAUUAUGCUGAGCUCUGCUGUGCUUUGGGUUGCGCAGAACAUGGAGGACGAGUAUACUUACAACCUGGCGUUGUAGAUUGCUGGCGGAGUAACAGGCUAGGGAAAUUCGACGGGAAGAGGAAUGCGCAUCACGAUUGCAUAUCCGGAGGCACGGAUGCGAUGGCCAUAAUCAUGUACGAGUAUUCGGGAGACGGAAGAUGUUCGCUACGGGCAGUUUGUUGUGUUCUAUCCAGCUGUUCAGCGAUUUCGAGUGUAUGUUCCAAUACGGACAGCCUAACGCGUCCUAUGCAUUAUGUUCGAUCUACUUGUACAAAAACGCUCAGCAGACUAUGGGUACAACAUAAACAUGAAACAGCACCAAUCUGUUCCUUCCGGUUUCCAGCUUUUGCUAUCGAAUCCCUCCAUCUUACGCACUUCACAGAGUUGUAAGCGGCCCCUCAUUGCUGAGUUCCGCCGGCUAGUCAGAAGUCUUC